AUGGCGGCGGCGGCGGCGUGCGGCGGGGCGGCGGCGGCCCCGUGCGCCUUCUCCCCCGGCGACCGCCGCGCGCUGGCCGUGUGCGGCGCGGAUGGGCGGCUGCGCGUGUGGGAGACGGCGGGCAGCCGCCUGCAGCACGAGUACGUGCCCUCCGCGCACCUCAGCGCCGCCUGCACCUGCCUGGCCUGGGCGCCGCCGGGCGGCCGGCAGCCCCCCUCCAAGGAUGGUCCACAGAGGAAAAAACGGAAGUCUGAAGUUACAGAAGUGGACAAGCAAUUAGAUAUCCUAGCUAUUGGCACAGCAGUUGGUAGCAUUUUGUUGUAUAGCACAGUAAAAGGAGAACUACAGAGCAAACUAGAUGGUGGCCAUGACAAUAAAGUAAAUUGUGUGAGGUGGCAUCAGGACAACUGUUCCUUAUAUAGCUGUUCAGAGGACAAACACAUUGUGGAAUGGAACACACAGACCUGCAAAGUGAAGUGUAAGUGGAAAGCAGACAACAGCAGUGUCAGCUCAUUAUGCAUCAGUCCAGAUGGGAAGAUGCUACUGUCAGCUGGUAGAACCAUAAAGCUGUGGGACCUGGAGACCAAAGAAGUCUACAGACAUUUCACAGGCCAUGCUACAUCAGUUUCAUCAUUAAUGUUUACCACAAUGAAACCUAUGAAUGAAAAUCAGCCCUUUGAUGGAAUUACAGGACUGUAUUUCUUGUCUGGAGCUGUACAUGACCGGUUAUUGAGUGUAUGGCAAAUCAGGUCAGAUAGGAAAGAAAAGAAUGCCGUGAUGUCUUUCACAGUAACAGAUGAACCAACUUUUAUUGACUUGACUGUAUCAGAAGUCAAAGAAGAGCCUGUGAAGUUAGCAGUUGUGUGCAGAGAUGGGCAGUUGCAUUUAUUUGAACAUAUUUUAAAUGGUUAUUGCAAAAAGCCCUUAACAUCAAACUGCACUAUCCAGAUAGCAACACCUGGAAACGAUGAGGACUCCACGCCAAAACCAGUACCUAUUCUAGCAGCUGCAUUUUGCACAGACAAACAGUCUCUGCUGCUUGUGUACGGUAACACCUUACAGCCCAUCAUAGAGAGAGUGUCUUUGAACAGCACUGAAUCCCACGUAUGUUUGAUAAGGGAUGUCCAGAAAGUUUUGGCACUUAAAACAGAUGUGGCUGUAACAAAGAUCAAGACGCCUGUUGUGAACUCAGACACCAAAGUUCUGGUACCUGGAAUCCCGGGACAUAGUGCAUCCAUCAAAGCUCCACCCUCAGGAAAGGAGAAAAAUAAAAGCAAAAGGAAACCAGGAGAGGCAGAGGAAAGCAUUGAAGACCGUCUGGGGGCAUUGGAUAUUGAUGUGAGCAAAGUGAAAACUCCAGGUGGCCUUCCACAAACUGAUAGCUUCGCGGUACUUUUGGUGCAGGGCUUGGAAAGCAACGAUUCGGACAUCUUAAAUAAAGUGCUAACGACAAGAAAGGAAGCUUUAAUAAAGAACACCGUAGCCAGAAUGCCUAUACAUGCUGUCAUUCCACUGCUGCAUGAGCUUACGAAGAGAUUGCAAGGCAACCCAUAUAGUGCCUCACAAAUGGUUCGAUGGCUGAAGUCUGUUUUUACUCUACAUGCAUCCUACCUUUCCACAUUGCCAGACCUUAUUCCCCAACUGGGAAUGCUAUACCAAUUGAUGGAGAGCAGAGUGAAAACUUUACAAAAGCUUUCUCGUUUGCAUGGAAGGCUCUUCCUUCUUGUCACCCAGGUUGCAGCAUCGGAAACAGUUCAGGAUGUAACGGAGGUUAAUCAGACUGCAAAGCUGGUAUAUGAGGAUGAAUCCUCAGAAGAAGGGUCUGAUGAUGAGAUGAUUGCUGAUAAAGAUUCAGAUGAAAACUGGGAUGAAGAUGAUGAAAAAGAGGUGCAGUCAGAUGAACAAGACAUGGCUGUUGAAAAGGAAAUCAAUGGUGAAUCUGAUUUGGAACCAGAAAAUGAAAGCGAAGAAGAAUAACAGCAUAAAAAAAUAAACUUAACAAUUUAAAGAAGUGGGCCAUCAGAACUCUCUAAUUCUGGAUCAUCUUGUUGAAAGAUGCAUAGUUGCAUAUAGGGAGUGCAGACUUGUUCACAGCCUAUGUGCAAAGGCACAUGUGGGGCACUGUGCAUUUCUGAAUCCAGAAUGUUUAACCAUGCCAGCCUUCUCUUGCCCUAUUUCCCUGCGCUUACUAUAGAAACAUUUCUUCCACCUCAUGGUCAGAUUAUGCCUGUCAUGUGGACAUGCAUUUGUAUCUCAAGUGAAAUAAAUCUGCCACCGCUGUUUGUGUGGUAAACUUGGUUCAGCUUUACAUUGAAUUUGUUUCAAAUAUUCAAGGAUCAAAGACAACUGGUCUAUACUUCUUUUCAUGCUUCAGUUAGCAAUAGCAAGUGGGCAUCCUGCUGCAUUUUUUCAAAAAAAAUAUUUUUGUAAUAUUUAAAUUCUACUGAAUUUCUUUUUCUUCCCCUCAUCCUUCAUCAAUUCAGCCACGCCUUGGCAAUAUAUAAAUGCCAACUUGGCUUAAAAGUGGCUUUUUCUUUUUUAACAAAUUUGAACUCAAAACUUUUAUAUGUAUAAAUCAAUGACUUUUCUUGUGCUUCAGAAGGACAUUAGAACUAUCACUGGUUCCUAAUUUUGUUUUAAUUGAGGUUGUAUAUAAGUUUAAUGCUAACCCCGAGGAUAGACUGUUGAAUUGGGUAGGGAAAGGGGAGAAAAAAACAGGGAAAUGAGAAGAUGAAUGCUUGUGAAUAUAUAGCGCACAGCUGUACGUUUAUUACGGAUUUUUAAUCUCUCAGUGGCAGAACAAGGAUAGCUAUUUGCUCAGCUAAUGGAAGCUGAAGUGGUAUAAACACAUUUUUAAGAGCAAAAUAUGGUAAAGGUUUGAGCCAUUCACCAGUAUAAUGUACAAUAUAUUUGUCUAUAAAUGGAGCUGUUGCAACUAGAUGCCGCCCUCUUUGUAAAGUGAAUAAAUAUACAUCUCCUUUACCAAA